GCAAAUACUCAAGAAUCCCAGGUCCUCCGUCCGUUAGGAUCCUCUCUAUUCCCGCUGUCUAUUUGUUCAUCCAGCCACAGCCUCACCUCCUUAAGGUUCACCAAUCUACCAACCCAGAAGAAUCCCGGACUAUCAGCAACUGGUUUCGGUUUUCGAAUGCAAGCAGCAAUUCUUGAUAUUGAGGUCUCCGCUUUCACUCUCUUCUUGGACAAGGUCACCCAAACCACGCCAAAACUGCCCCUUGGGCCAAAAUGCCUGGCUCAAGGAGCUCAAAGCAUGCCAAAGACUCUAUCAGGACGGCGGACACUGUGUUCGUCGAGGAUGGUGAGCUGACGGGAAUCUACUACAUUCCCAUCUCUGGUCUUCCCCACACAACGACGUGGCAACAGUUAAAAGACCACGUAAGGAGGGGAUGUGGUGUCGAAGCCGAUAAAAUUGAGGUUUAUGCUCCUCUCGGUGGAUGUGUUCGAAUCCGAGAGAGGGAUAACUUUGACAAAGCGUUCACUUUCUUAAACGGCAGUACCCUUAACGGCCGUGCCCUUUUUGCUGAUGGGAGGAACAAGGGCGGAAGGGUUAUGGUCAAGCCCACCAUCGCCGUACCUUUGACCGUUCGACCUACUGCGUCCCUAGAGACAGACCCCGCUCCAGCUUAUGGGUAUGGCUUCAGUCGAGGUGGUGCAGCCGGUGGUAUGAUACCGGCCUUUACGAACAUGGCCAUAUCCGGGUCCCCGGCGGUUUAUGGGGCCGCGCAGCCGUAUGGAGGCCAUGUUGUGGCGCCAUAUCCUGAGACCCCGUUGAUGAUCAGUCCCUACAGCGUCGAUCCGGCAUGGAACCCCUAUGCUUCGAUUGGACAGCCCUACAACGCUCACCAAAGCUUCAGUUCAGAUUACGCUACCCGUGAUCACGGUCAAGAUGCUCAUGCUCAGUCUUACGUAGCUGUUCCAGUGUAUCAUAGCCCUCCUGUCUAUCCAGAAGGAUACAACAACUACGAGGGAACCAUCGCCACAGCCGCUACGCCUCCUAUUCCCGUCCAGGUCCAGCGCAACAAUAGCAUCGCUAACAGUCUCGCCUCUGUGCCCAGCUUCAGCACACCGACUACCACCAUCAUCGCCAACAUUGGCACACCCAAUAUCGUGAACACCAUCAAUACAGCAAUGACCGCUCCCUCGCCCCCUCCCAAUGCCCGCAACCUUCCUUUUUCGUUUCCCAUCACCUCUCCUGGACUCCACCCAAUGCAGGCUCAACCUCAACAGCAACAACCACAUACGAUCCUCAUAACCGGUCUCGCGAAAAAAGAUCUCACACCGGAUAAAAUUCGUCUCCUUAUCUCCAAGCACGUCUCUGAAGUUGUCGCCGCCCAGAUACAAGGCAUCCAGAUUUCGGACAGGAAGGAAACGACACCCCACGGAUACACAGCAUACGUGCGGUUCAAGACCAUCGAGGACGCGGAGUUGGUGGUGGCACAUCUGGAUAAAAAGCUCUUUGGCAAAAAUACGUUGGGAGUGAAGAUUUGGGUUCCUGAACGGGGGGCGGUGUUUGUCGGGGAAGAGGUUAAUAGUAGUGGCGGAGGGAGGAGAGGAGGAGGAGGGAGGCUAAACGUGGGUGGGGUCGCAGCAGAGGGUGAGAGAAGAGGUGGGGGCGUGAAAGAGAGCGAUGAUGAAGGUGGUAGGAACGAUGACAGCAAGAAUAGGGGUGAACCGCGCGGUAAGGGAAAGGAGAAGAGCGUCCAGGGGACGAAGGACGCCAAGAUCAAAAACAACAGCAGUAGGGACGAUGAUGCCAGUGGGCAGAGGAAGGAGACGCAGAAAGUGCAAAUAGCCAAUACGCCAUCAACAUCGACAUCGGCAGCAGCGCUAGCGGUACCUCCCAAACUGGGGCACAGAAGGGAAUCAACAGGCGGCGUGGUCAUUGCCCACGGAAGCUAUACGACCAACACCACCACUACUGGAGCGGCAGCGGCGGGAAAGAAGGAUAGAAGCAGUAGCCUGUCGGCUAUGUACAAGUCAGAUGUGGUGAUUGCCCGUGGGAGCUGGGCUACUACCAAGUUACCAAGAACUAGGGACAGAGGAACAGACAAUGGGACGCAGUGAGAGAUUGGGUGGGAUAGGUUUGGAGAGUCAAGUGUGUUUCUUUGUCUGUGUGGGUGCAUGAGCGACCAUGUGGCGGAGUUUGAAGUUUUAGUCUUUAUGUUCUCCCCCCUCCCUCCCUUUCCAAAAUUCUCGUGUCUGUUCCGUUUUGAUUUCUGUUUGACAACAUUAUUCAACAGAUUGCAUAUAAUUCCAGUUUGUAUGUUUCUGGGAUGGGUAGAAGGAGUUGAAGGGCAGCAUCAAAUGCGCACAGAGACAAAGGGAGCGAGGGCCCAAAGAUUGGACAACCGGGCUACAUGCAUGAUAUGAUGAAUGAAGAGAUGAAGAGACGAAGAACGAAUGAGAUACGAGGUCAUGAGAACGAGUUAACAUACAAUCAAAGAGAAAUGAGACAUGAGAAACGAAGAACACG